AUAAGCAAGCCGAGGCCCCCCAAACGACCUUUCCCUUUUCGCCAGGUAUUCUCAUCGUCUCAUGGCUCAACCCUGCAGAUAACCCUAGCACAGACCCAUCUCCCAUGGAGAAUUACUACCCUUAUCCAGAUUCUCACGACUCCUCUCCACGGUCGCGAGAAAUUGACCCUGAAAAUGCUUCAUGGGACGAACCUCCUUCCAAUUACAAGGUCAAGUUCAUGUGCAGUUAUGGAGGCAAGAUCCAUCCCAGGCCGCAGGACAACCAGCUUGCUUACGUUGGAGGUGAAACCAAGAUCUUAUCAGUCGAUCGCAACAUGAAAUUCCCCGGAUUCAUGUCCAAGAUUUCCUCGAUCUGUGAGGGGGAAGUGUGCUUGAAGUAUCAGUUACCCGGUGAAGAUCUCGACGCUUUGAUCUCGGUUACCAACGAUGAGGAUCUUGAACACAUGAUGCUCGAGUACGAUCGAUUGUGCCGCCCAUCCAACAAGCAGGCCAGACUCAGGUUAUUUCUCUUCCCGCUGACCCCUCCUGCAUCCACCAGUUUCGGUUCCAACGAGACCAAAUCGGAGCGGCAGUGGUUCGUGGACGCACUGAAUUCUGUGCAGAUCCAGCCUCUGGAAGGUUCUUCACCUCAGGCGGCGGCCUCCGAGACCAAUCCGGAUUUUCUGUUUGGGUUGGAUAAAGGGCUCGCUCCGCCUCCCCCCGUGAAAUUGCAGGAUCCAACGCCUCCACCCACGGUUCCAGAUGUGCUUCCCAAGGAUUAUUCAGUGAGAUCGGAUCCAGGAUCGGAGGAUCGCCAUGUUGUUGGAGAUCCAGUGGUGUCCCCCGCGGACUACCAGAGGCAGAUCCAGGAAUUGCAGAGGUUGCAGAUUGCCAGCCAAGAGCAGGCGAUGUUCCAAAGAAAAAACGAUGAAAGCAACACGCGGGCUUAUCCUGCAGAAUACUAUCAACAGAAGAUUCCAGAAAAACUUGCACCGGCGCCACAGCAGAUGCCGGUGUCAAUUCCGGCUACUUACUGGCCAGAAAGGCACAUGACGACGGGAGGUUACCCGGUUGCAGCUUCAACCGGAACAGAGCAAUCCGUUUACCUAAUACAUACAUCUGCCGGUGUGUAUCAAACUCCUGGUUUACGACCGAUGACAGGACAGCUAGCUCAGCCUUACUACGGAAUGCAGAGAGUGGUAUCUGACGUGUACCGGGAACCGCAAGUUUACAAUGCCGCUCCGCCACAUCAGCAGCAAAAAGUAGGCGCGUAUGGAGAAGGGAUGGGAAUGAUGCGGCCUUCAGCGAGCGGUGUUGGUGUGACUGAGCAAGGAUAUGCGCAGGUUACCUAUGACAGCACUGGGCGGCAGGUUUACUACACUACACCGGGAGGGGCGGCUCCCUCGUAUCAGGCAGUGACAACGGCUGCUGCGCAAGGUGAUGUUAGACAAGGAGGUGUGACGAUCAAUCAAGAUGGCAAGGUUGUUGCCAAGACUAGCCAAGGUUCUCUAUGAUUUUACUUAUUAUUAUUAUUUUUAUUUAGAGACAAAUAAAAUGAUAGAUUAUAUAUAGCUUUAUUUGUUUCAGUGCUUGAGUUGAUAGUUGUUGCAGUGCCGAGUGAUGUUGGCUUGAUCAUGUUUUGUACAUGACAUUGUUAAAAGAGUGUGAUUUUGAUGAUUUUCUCCGUAGUUCAAUGCCAAUCUCUUUUGUGUAAA